UGUUUCUCAAUACCCAGAGAGGGAAGUGAAGAGAGAGGGAGCCAGUGAGAAGCUGCUGUCUAAAGCAGGCUUAUGUUCCACAAUCUGCCAGGUUUAGAAGCUGACAGCAUUAACUGGAUCAUGUCCUGCUAUUUUUGGAAUAUGUCUCCAAAAUUAAGUUACCUACGGUGGAGAAGCAGUCAUCUGAAUGAGUGAGAGAACAGACUCCUUUAUCAACAUAAUACACACCACUGCUUUUUGCUUUAUCUGAACCACCAUGCCGUUGAAAUGGAAACUCUGUAAUAGCCCCAUUGAAAGAAGAUUCAUGGUUUCUGUUCUUAAGGCUUCCAGGGCAGCGACGGUCUCUCCAACGUACAUCUCACUCGUAGAAGAGGGCACAUUUCCACUGAAAGUGCCUUUGUCCUCUGGCAGGAUGGAAGAUUCAAAAAACUGCCAGUCUUCAAUUUCUCUCGGGGCUCCUCAGAUGUUCGAUAGUGAGACUCACAGCUCAGCUGUGCUGCAGGGAUUUAACAACCUGAGGAACGAAGGUUUACUUUGUGAUGUCACUUUGGUGCCAGGAGACAGUGAUGAAAAGUUUCCUGUGCACAGAGCUAUGAUGGCAUCAGCAAGCGACUAUUUUAAGGCUAUGUUCACGGGUGGCAUGAAGGAACAGGAGCUGAAUUCUAUCAAGCUACAUGGAAUAAGCAAGAUAGGACUGAAAAAUAUUGUAGAAUUCAUCUACACAUCAAAGUUGGCUCUCAAUGUGGACAAUCUCCAGGAUAUACUAGAAGCAGCCAGUUUCCUUCAGAUAUUGCCCAUCCUUGAGUUUUGUAAGGAGCUUCUAAUUUCUCAGGUCUCGGUUGAAAACUGUGUAGAAUUUGGACGUAUUGCCAACACAUUCCACUUGACCAAAUUGCACAACUUUAUCAAAGACUUUAUUGUAAAGAACUUCUCGACAGUGCUAAGCAAUGGGGAAUUUCUGAAGCUUUCCCUUGACCAGUUUCUCUCCGUGCUCAGCAGUGACAGCCUAAAGCGCUGCUCUGAGCUUCAGCUGUUUAAGGCCACCUGCCGGUGGCUGAAUCACGAGGAGUGCCGAAUGCAGUUUGCUGCAAAACUCAUGAAGAACAUUCGCUUCCCGCUGAUGACGCCGCAGGAGCUCCUGGAACAUGUACAGAUCGUGGAGUUCAUGCGAACUGACACAAGCUGUGUUAACCUUCUACUAGAAGCUAGUAACUACCAGAUGUUGCCACACAUGCAGCCAAUCAUGCAGUCAGAAAGGACGAGGAUUCGUUCCAAUUCAACCCACCUGGUAACGCUGGGUGGCGUGCUCCGCCAGCAGCUCCUAGUCAGCAAAGAGCUGCGUUUGUUUGACGAGGAUGCACAGAAAUGGAGGCCCUUGGCUGCGAUGGAUGUGCCGCGUUACCAACAUGGCGUAGCCGUGAUUGGAAACUUCCUCUUUGUCGUCGGUGGGCAGAGCAACUACGACACAAAAGGAAAAACUGCUGUUGAUUCGACGUACAGAUACGACCCCCGUUACAACAACUGGAAACAGAUGGCCUCACUAAAUGAAAAGAGAACCUUCUUCCAUUUAAGUGCCCUUAAAGGAAAUCUGUAUGCAGUGGGUGGCCGGAAUGCAGCUGGAGAAUUAGCGACAGUGGAACGCUACAAUACAGCGAUGAAUGAAUGGACUUACGUCACUAAACUGGCUGAGCCUCAUUACGGACAUGCAGGGACUGUUCACGGGGGAUACAUGUACAUAUCAGGUGGGAUUACCCAUGAUACAUUUCAGAAAGAGCUACUGUGCUAUAAUCCAGAAACUAACACCUGGUCCCGGAAAAGAGACAUGUCCACUGUACGUGGGCUACACUGCAUGUGUUCCAUUGAAGAUCGCCUUUAUGUUAUUGGAGGGAACCAUUUUCGCGGGACAAGUGACUACGAUGAUGUACUGUGUUGUGAGUACUAUUGCCCCAUUAGCGAUCAGUGGACUGACAUUGCUCCAAUGCUACGUGGACAGAGUGACGUUGGUGUAGCAGUUUUCAACAGGAACAUAUACGUUAUUGGAGGCUACUCAUGGAACAAUCGUUGUAUGGUAGAAAUUGUCCAGAAGUAUGAUCCAGAAAAAAAUGAAUGGCAGAAAGUUUUUGAUGUACCGGAAUCACUCGGUGGCAUACGGGCAUGCACCCUGACAGUUCACGUGCCAGAGGAUGAAAUAGAAUCACCAUCCCAAGAAUCUCCAUUUUUGGGAGUAAGUGGAAUGACUUGUUUUAAUAUUAAAUGCUGACCGCUGUAUAUUUCUCCUUAUAGUGCUGUUUAUCGUUUCCUUUGAAAAUGCCGAAUGCAUUUCCAAGCCAAGUUGUUUACAACAGCUUGGCUUGAAAGGGACAUUGAUGCCUUGUAACCUCCAGGUUUUAUGACUGAUAUGUUUAUAGACUGACCAUAUAUUGCAAAUUUAUCACUUAAGGGAGAAAUUAAAAUUUUAAAUGGACCCUGCCAUUGAAAUUGUCUCUCAUGUACAGACAUAAUUAUUCCUUUCUGUAAUAUUUGUCUUUUUUUCCCAAUAUUGCUGGUUAGUAAGGUGAGAAAGAAGGACAGAGCUUCAAAAUGCAUCAAGUGUCAUAUGUAUACAUGGUUUUAAGUUGUACUUAGACUCCCUGUGAGUACUACACUGGUUCCCACUUAAAAAAACAGUUAACAAACUUCCAUUGAUGAUAUCAUAAAUUAAUUAUUUACUUACCCAUAAUUAUAAAUCAAUCAGGCGUCUACAUAAAAAAGCCCAGACAAAAGCCUGUAGGCUUCUGUACCUCUGUGAUCUUCUCAACUGCCAAGAGUGUUGGUAUUCUCCCGGUGUCCACACUGGGAAUUCCUGAUUCUGGUGAAUUACUUCCACUUCUGUGCUGUGCGUUGUCAUUUUUAGCUCUAUGAUGUCCCUUCCAACUUGGGCUCACCUGGACCUCUCCUUCUCAAUCUCAGUCCUCCUGUUCUUAGUGCACACAUCAUCCAAUUGAUUGAUACCAUUCCGUAUCUGUCAUUUGUCUUUACCGUAGAGUUCCUGACUCCUAGCAAAUCUACCUUCUGCAUAGCUCCACCUUGACAGCCCUCCAUGCACUGACCUGAUUAUUCUCAAGGUGCUGUCUACCUAAAACUAUUUCCUCUGACCAUGAUUUGCGCCACCUUUUCUGACUCGUCACUUCAUCCACCCCAUCUCCAGGUUGGCCUGUACAAACAGCCAUGUCUGCACGUUAGCUGGGGGGAUAUUCUGUGUUGGAAAGGUGCUGGUAAUCAAGAACAACGCUAGUCAAUUCUUCAUGGGUCACAUGGAUUGCUUCUCUCUACCACUCCCUGGAUGUGCAGACGGAUCAUUCAGCUAAUCCAUUGAACACUGGUAAUACUAGGAUGUGUCACUCUGUUUGAGUAGAAGAACUGUAUAAAGUGUCCUGACCUAAAAUAUGGAUCAUAAAUAGAUUCAUAAUCCAAACUAAUUGGAUCCUGCAACUUUGGGUAACUCAUUCACCUUUUUGUCACCAGGAUUUGCUUAUUGUAUGACCACCUACUUUUCUGCGUGUUGCUGCAAUGCUCUGUUUCAUCACCCAGAACUUCAAAGACAUGACUCCCUCUCAGGAAUACCUCCAGCUGCUCCACGUACAGAACAAACUUUGAUGCUUUACUAGCUUACCAACAUAUCUGCCAUAUCCACUACUCGUCAUUAUUGCUCUACCAAGUGAACUCCAGUCCCUUUUACUUCAAAACAUUCAUUUACAGCUUUACUCGUUCUUGCAGAAGCACCACCCAUCCUUUAUUGUAGCAUCAGUCGAUUUUUCUCCAUUGUGAUGGAGCUUCCUACCAAAGGUCCUUUACUAAAGCCUAACAACUAAUUAAUUGGUGUUGUUAGCUUUUAACGAUGUAUUGAAAUUCUUACUCUUAAAAAAUAUACCAAUUCAGUAUGUACUGCAUUUUGCUGCCAUAGAAACAACUCUCAAACAUCUGUUCAUACAAAUGUAUUACCUCUGCAAACUCCUGCCGUAGCUGGGUGCCUAUUGAUUAUGAUAACUGUCUCAUCUUCAGCAAAUAAACCUUGAAUAUCAAUGUGUAAUAAGCCAUGAACAUUUGAAAAUCUGUAGCUCAGCAACUUUGUUUUUGGCAGCAGAUUAUAUUUGAUUUUUCUCAAGCCAUCACCUUUUAAAAAGCAAUAAAAAGUUAA